AGGCCUCGCUUUCCCGUCCCUAUACCUUUCUCUCAUAUCUCACCUGUUCUCUAGGAGCUUUUUUGUGGCGGAGCAUAGAGUUUUCUUGAAAUCUUUGGAAUGCCUAGAUACUACUGCGACUACUGCGACACUUACCUGACGCACGAUUCUCCUUCUGUUAGAAAGCAACACAAUGCUGGCUACAAGCACAAGGCUAAUGUGCGCUCUUAUUAUCAGCAGUUUGAGGAGCAACAAACUCAAAGCCUAAUAGAUCAAAGAAUUAAGGAGCAUCUUGGUCAGGCUGCAGCUUUCCAACAACAAGUUGGUGCAAGCUUUAACCAACACCUUAUGUCGCUCCAAGCUAACCCUCAAAGGCCUCGACUUCCUAUUCUUCCACCCCCAGUUUUACCAAUUGGAGCACCUCAAGCGUUAUUGUCCCCACAAAUGGUUCCGGGACUUAGACCUCCUGUUCUUCCAAGGCCAAUUGCUGGCCCUCCAGCUGUAAGCUUGAGUGCAGCUGCUGCUCCUGCUCCGCAGGAUAGUUUUUCAUAUUCCCAGCCUUCUGAGACCCAUUAGUUGUAUCCAUCAGCUCAGCCAGACUUUGUACUUAUUCUGCUGUCAUAUAAAUAUCUUUCUUUAAAAAUAGUUCGCAGCAUGGUUUAUUAGAAGUUAGAUAGGCGCUGAAUUAUUUUUAUUUAUGUUUUCCUUCUUUAUAUUUUUGCGAUAUAUGACUACAGACAUGAAUGCUAUUUUCUUAUUGCAUGCCCAGGCUGCUGCCUAUUGUUCCUAUCUCAGUAUUGUUUCGUUUGAGGCUUUUGAAAUUACUACUGAAUUAAGUGUAUUUUUACGUGGGUGGCUAUUUUUUAUC